AUGAGCCUGCUGUCGAUCGUGGAUGGUCUAGAGAGAGCUUCCUCCAGCCUGUCAGCGUUGCGAGAUCAUUGCAAGGAUGGCAAGACCUCCUCGACGUCAUUUUCUUGCUUUGCAGAUGCUCUAGAAGUUUUGCUUCAAUGUGUUGAGCUGGGUCUGAGCAAGACUGUGACAGACUCAUGUGAACGAACACACACCAAUCAAGUCAUUGUCUCCUUGGAGAAGAGAAUCUCUUGUUUGCAACAGGAUUACAACCACCGCAAACAAAUGGUUUGUGUCUUGUUGGAGGACGCAAAACAGGCAAAGACAGACCUUUCUGAGCUCGUAGCAACCUUCAAUGUCAAACGGCUCGAAGAUCCUAUUCAAAGAGCUUCCAACCUCGAUGAAUCUUUUGUAUCUUCCCAUCCAACGCAACGCAAAAUAAACAGAGUUAGGUCGAGAGAAAGCAUGACGGAAGAGGAUGAUAGCGACUGUAGCGAUUACACCAUCUCAAGUCAUCUUGACGAACUGGCAGACUUGCUUGACCCGCAACUUGUUAAGAGGAUAUCGUCUCCCUGGAGAACCCCUGAUAGUCGAGAAGCUAAGGCACGCCCCCCAGAAGUUCCUCAGCUCGUCAUCCAAGAGCAGGGAGAGAGGAUCCACCCCAAGCCCUUCAUUCCCCUCCUCGGGCCUCUUCUCAACUUCGGACAGUGGGGCAUCGUGAUGCGAUCAGACAAGAGAAGGCAUGCAGAUCUGUCGAAAGACGGUCCAGCAAGAGGCGGCGGAGCAUCAGGCAGUGCAGCAGGGGAUCAGAGUCGGACGAAGCAGAGGGAGCGACUGAAGCCUCGAACAGCGGAAGAGGCGUGGAACUUGCACGUAGCGAUGCGGAAGAGCUUGGAAGUGUCGUGA